CCUCGUCGGGGAAGGGGGAUUUCCUUGCUUUUUUUCCUUGAUAGACGAAUGACAACACCACCACGGCCCUCUUCCUUAAUCGCAGUUGGUUACAAACGCUCUAGAAAAUUUGUAGCUCGAGAAUACUUCCUUUAUGUGCCACUGGGAGCGACGGGAGGAUGGCAGAUGACAAGGACGUGCUGCGGGAUGUUUGGUUUGGUCGGAUUCCGACCUGCUUCACACUUUACCAGGAUGAGAUUACAGAGAGAGAGGCCGAACCUUUCUAUCUCCUCCUGCCAAGGAUGAGCUACUUGACUCUGGUCACAGACAAGGUGAAAAAGCACUUCCUGAAGGUCAUGAAGGCCGAGGACAUAGAGGAGAUGUGGUUUGAUUUCGAGGGAACCUCACUCAAAUGGCACUAUCCAAUCGGAUUACUGUUUGACCUGCAUGCCUCCAACACUGCCCUGCCCUGGAGCAUCACUGUGCACUUUAAGAAUUUCCCAGAGCGUGACCUGCUCCACUGCCCCUCCAACUCUGUGAUUGAGGCCCACUUCAUGUCCAGCAUCAAGGAGGCGGAUGCCCUCAAACACAAGAGCCAGGUCAUCAACGACAUGCAGAAGAAAGACCACAAACAGCUGUGGAUGGGCCUGCAGAACGAUAAGUUUGACCAGUUCUGGGCCAUGAACCGUAAGCUGAUGGAAUACCCCACAGAGGAAGGAGGCUUUCGCUACAUCCCCUUCAGGAUAUACCUGACGAUGAGUGACAGACCGUUCAUCCAGAAGUUGUUUCGCCCCAUCUCGCCCGACGGCCACACACACACGCUUGGGGACCUGCUGAAGGAGGUGUACCCCGUGGCUAUACCCAACGAUGACGAGUCCAAGCGUUACCAGGUGGUGAUCCAUGGGAUUGAGCCCCUGCUGGAGACCCCGUUGCAGUGGCUGAGCGAGCACCUCAGUCACCCUGAUAACUUCCUCCACAUCAGCGUCAUACCCGCGCCUAGCGACUGACACCUCUGGCAAAGUUUGGUAACACCCGGCAACUGGGAAAGUUGCAAACUCCGAAUGGACUCUUCAGAGAGCAGGAAAACCCACGUGACUGGAGGCGAGGAGUGACGCAAUCGCAGUGUGACGUCAUCUCAUUCAACUUGUCCCAAAAAGGAGCCCACCAGGAGAAAAUGUACCAUUUUCUGUUUUCCAUCUCUUUUCCUCUCCUCCUUCGCACUCCGUCUCAUUUGGACCUUUACCUGUUUGGGGGAAGUUGUUCCGCCCAAAAUGUGGAAGGCCAAACUGAAAGAGUGCUCAUCUGUUUAAAAAGAGAGGCAGGGAGAUUCCGCUUACCACCACCUCUCUCCUCUUCCUCCUCCUAGGGAAAGAGACAGGGCCCAGACAUGCCUAGUGGGACCCUCUACAAACAGAAUUUGCCUUAGUUUUCCCGAGUCACAUCAUGAGCUACACUGCUGGACGUUCAUAAAGUCACACUGAGUUUACACACUUGUACUGUAUGCCACUGAGGAGUGAAAGGGGAUUUUUAAAGAUGCUUCACUUCCUCAUUCUUUGUCUCUCGCUCUCUGUCUGUCUAUAUAUUCUCCAUCUUCCUCUCUCACUGUAUUUCCUGCUUCUUUCUUCUCUCUCUUCCUCCCUCCCCCUCUUUCUCUCUCGUGUCAUUUACUGGCGACGCUCUCUCAUCUCCAUAGCUAAUUAUCUUAUUGGAAUUCCUCCUGCUACUAAUGAGACCGCUAAACUUCUGUCUCCAUGCCAAGCCUUGGGGUUGUGUGAGUGUGUGUUGUAAUUGGAGACAUAAUUUAAAGUCUCCUAGAGGGGACAUGGAGGGGGUGAGGAAGGUGUGAAGAGUCCGAAUGGAAUCCUGUCUGUCUUCUCUCUUGCGUGUCUCGUGUCAAAGGGAGAUGGGGCCAGACAUGUAAUUUGGAGUGUGUUGUUAGUCGAAGGGGAGGGAAACUUGUGAUGUCACACCUGUCUAAGCACGUCAGGCUUCCUCAUUCGCCGCCUAGGAGGAUGGGAUAGGGGAGUUUACAGCUCUGAGUCAGGGCUGGGCUCCACGUGGGGUACUGUCUGAGGGGUAGGCAUGUGCAUAUGUGUGUGUAUGUACAUGUGUGUAUGGGUACUUUUUGCACAUUUUGUUGUUACAAAGUGGGAUUCAGAUGGAUUUCAUUAUCAUUGUUGGUCAAUGAUCUACACAAAACACUCUUAUGUGGAAGAAAAAUUGUAACAUUAACAAAAUACAAAAAAAUGUAACACUACGUAUUCUUACCCCUGAGACUACAUGUUAGAAAAACCUUUGGCAGUGAUUACAGCUGUGUCUUUUUGGCUAAGUCUAUAAGAGCUUUGCACACCUGGAUUAUACAAUAUUUGGCCAUUAAAAAGUCUUCAAGCUCUGUCAAGUUGGUUGUUGAUCAUUGCUAGAAAGCCAUUUUUAUGUAUUGCCAUAUAUUUUCAAGUAGAUUUAAGUCAAAACUGUAACUAGGCCACUCAGGAACAUUCACUGUCUUCUUGGUAAGCAACUCCGGUGUAGAUUUGGCCUUAUGUUGUAGGUUAUUGUCCUACUGAAAGGUGAAUUUGUCUCCCAGUGUCUGUUGGAAAGAACACUGAAUCAAGAUUUGCCUGUGCUUACAGCUUAGCUGUAUUCCGUUUCUUUUUAUCCUAAACUCCCUAGUCCUUGCCAAUGACAAGCAAACCCAUAAAAUGAUGCAGUCACAACCAUGCUUGAAAAUAUGGAGAUUGGUACUCAGUAAUGUGUUGUAUUAGAUUUGCCCCGAACAUAACACUUUUUGUAUUCAGGAAAAAAGUUUCUUUGCCACAUGUUUUGCAGUAUUACUUUAGUGCCUUGUUGUAAACAGGAUGCAUGUUUUGGAAAAUAUGAAUUCUGUACAGGCUUCCUUCUUUUCACUUUGUCAUUUAGGUUAGUAUUGUGGAGUAACUACAAUGUUGUUUAGGUUAGUAUUGUGGAGUAACUACAAUGUUGUUGAUCCAUCCUCAGUUUUCCAUUAAACUCUGUAACUGUUUUUAAAUCACCAUUGGCCUCAUGGGGAAAUCCCUGAGCAGUUUCCUUCCUCUCCGGCAACUGACUUGGGAAGGAUGCUUGUAUCUUUGUAGUGACUGGGUGUAUUGAUAUACCAUCCAAAGCCUAAUUAAUCACUUCACCAUUCUCAAAGGGAUAUUCUGUGUCUACCAAUCGGUGCCCUUCUUUGCGAGGCAUUGAAAAACCUCCCGGGUCUUUGUAGUUGAAUCUGUGCUUAAAAUGUCCUAAUCGAUUGAGGGAACUUACAGAUAAAUGUGGGGUAAAUAGAUAGGAGUAGUCAUUCAAAAAUCAUGUUAACCACUAUUAUUGAACACAGAAUGAGUCCAUUCAAUUUAUGUGAUUUGUUAAGCACAUUUUAACUUAUGAACUUAUUUAGGCUUGCCAUGACAAAGGGGUUGAAUAUUUAUGGACUCAAAACAUUUCAGCUUUUCAUUUUUUACAUUUUCUAUUCCACUUUAACAUUAUGGGUUAUUGUGACACAACAUCUCAAUUUAAUAACAAAAUGUGGAAAAAGUAAAGGGAUGUGAAUACUUUCUGAAGGCUGUGUGUGUGUGUGUGUGUGUGGACACAUACUUUUGACUCAGUCACAAAGACACAAGCCAAUUAUGAAAAGCGGAGCUAGACUCUCAUCUUGCUGACACUUGUCUUGUUGGGAUUUCCCAGUUAACCUAUUGGAUUGAGUUGCUCAAUACUGACAGCUCUGGCUGUAUCUCUAUUGCAGAGCCUUUAAAUAUCUUUGUUGCAGAGCCUGCAAUAUCUCUAUUGCAUGUGUGUACUGCCAUUCCUCAGAUCUCCAAGCCCUUGGUAGCAUGUAUCGCAACUCACCCAAAGUGAUCCUCAGCAACCAUUUAUUAUUCAUUACAAUGGGGAAGUACAGGUAACUGCCACAAUAAAGGAAACACCAACAUAAAGUGUCUUAAUAGGGUGUUGGGCCACCAGAACAGCUUCAGUGCACUUUGGCAUAGAUUCUACAAGUGUCUGAAACUUUAUUGAAGGAAUGCAACACCAUUCUUAUAUGUGAAAUUCCAUAACUAGGUGUUUUGUUGAUGGUGGUAGAAAAUGCUGUCUCAGGUGCAGUUACAGAACUCCCAUAAGUGUUCUUUAAACCCCCUAUGCUUCUUUGAGACCGCUCUGUCUGUGAGAUUUGGUUAAUUUAGCAGACGCUCUUUUUCAGUUCUCUUCUAGCCAUGGUAGCCAAAAUAAUGGGCAACUGUGCAUUUUUCUACAUGACCCUGAGCAUGACGGGAUGUUAAUUGCUUAAUAAACUCAGGAACCACACCCGUGUGGAAGCGCCUGCUUUCGAUAUACUUUGUGUCCCUCAUUUACACGCGUGUUUCCUUUAUUUUGGGAGUUACCUGUAUGUGGGACACAAUGUCUGACCCCAGUUUUCCAAUUGCCUUUCUGCUCCCCAGGUCAUCACUUAGUUCAUCCUGUUGUGUAGUUCAUCCCUGGCCAUUAGAAAUCAUACUAUGAUGCGUCCAUUAAGGCUGAGGUGGUAACGAAAGGUCAGAGGUCACUAAGCAGGUCACUGGGCAUGCUCUGUGAUGAUUGACGUGUGUGUGUUUUUUGCUGUUACCAUCAACAACAACCCCAAAUGCUCCCCCAAUGUGUUCCAACAAUAGCCAAACCCUUACUGUCCUAGUCAUUGGCACUAGAUUCCGCAAAACCGAGUUCACACAAAAACACACACAUUUGUUUGUGUUUAACACGUUACAGGGGUCUGAGAGCAGUCAGAGGGUAUCAGACACACAUGAGAGUGAUUAGUAAUUUAGAGGAAUCCAUGACUGUUCCCUCCAUGCUGCAUCCCCCGCGGGAUAGAGAGCGAGAUUAGGGAGAAAGAGAGGAUGAGAGUGCAUAGGCUGUCAAUGGGCCUUUUCUCGGCACAAGCUCACUCGGGGGGUGGGUUCUGCUCUAUAUUUCUACAUUUGUACUCUGAGCUUAUUUACAAAUACUGUAGUUUUCCUUCCACCACACACACACACACACACACUAGUCGAUAUGCAAACAAGAGUUCUCAGAUACUUUUCCGUUCCUCUGCUGUUUGACUUUUCUCCCUUUACUUUCUCUUGGUGAUUGCGAUCAUACUUACAGCACAGCUACAAACAGAACCAUCUAAUCAGUGGAAACGUUACUAAUUAAAUAUUUAUUGAUUUAACGAAUGCUAUCUUCAAGGUCUUACCUGGAUCAGGUCUUACCUGGAUUCAGAGUUGUUCUCACUGUUAACUCUGCAACAAACAACAAAAAUGUGCAUUCUUUUUCCGUUUUUUACAUUUAUUUUCUUUCUCUCCAUAUACACUAUUUUGCAGUGGCUUGCUUUUCUUUCAUUUGCUACAUACUGCAAUGAUUACAAUGCUGUAAAAAAAUGUUGUGUAGAAUUAACAUUGAAUUAAAAAUAAAAUUGUUUUAUACUGUA